CCCCUAAACGAGCGAAGAUGUCCGAGGUGCGGCUCCCGCCGGUGCGGCCGCUGGACGACUUCUUGCUGGGCUCCACCCGGCUGGCUCCGCCGGACCUGCGGGACCUGCAGCGGUGGCACAACCGGGUCAUCAACAACCUCCUGUACUACCAGAGCAAUUACCUGCUGGUGCUGGGCGCGGGGCUGCUGCUGGGCGGAUACUUCCGUCUCCUCCUGACUCUGCUGAGUGGGGCACUGGUCACUCUGAUCUUUGUGGGCUUUGUCUGGGCGGCGGAGAACAAGGCCCCCGUGCGGCGCUUCCGGCGGAACUAUCCUGGCACCUGCCUCCUCGCCGUCUUGGGCUCUGCGUACUUCCUGGUGUCUCUCUUUGAUGGUUCUGCCGUCUUCCUGUGUUUCGUUGCUGCACCCAUAGCAUUGAUUCUCAUCCACGCUUCCCUGCGUCUCCGCAAUCUCAAAAACAAGAUCGAGAACAAAAUCGAAAGCAUCGGAUUGAAGCGGACGCCCAUGGGGCUGCUCCUAGAAGCUCUUGGGCAGGAACAAGAAGCCGGAUCCUAAGUGCAGUCACCCCAUUUCUCCCUUCCUCUGGAUAUGUCGCCUUCCUUUCGUUGACUGUCAACAUCCCCCACUCUGUUGCUGUCUGUUCACUUAACCCAAUCUAGUGGCUUGGCUAUGAGCUUGAGUAAAUGAGGCACUUUCCCUGGAUUAUUGUGAAUAACCAGUGGCGCUCCCAGACUCCAGGUGCAGAAGAUGAGGAUUAAUAGCAGAGCAAAAGGGUAGGGGUGAGGGCGGUAAAAUCAAGACUGUAUUCUUGUAAGUAUUGACUGUAAGUAUUGACUAUCGGGACUGUUCCCUGUCUGAUCUUAGGAAACCUCUCACAUAUCCUAGAGAAAGGAAGAAGCAGCAAAAGAGAAUAUUGAAAUGAAAGGCAGUAUUUUUUUAAAUGUUAGCCUGUGGGACUCUUGACACUUGAUUUUAUUCGUGAUGAAUCAAGACUUGGUCCUAGUGUAAAGAGUAGUCAGCUAGGAAAGCGGGCUAGUUUUGGCUGUUCCAAUGAAGGCUCAUCUCUAGAAUAAUUAUUCCUAGCAUUUAGAUAGUCAAAUAUUUGGACGCACUUCACAUGCAUUGUCAUGUUGUAAUCCUGGCAACAGCCCUGUAAGGGAGGGCAGAAGUGGUAUUAUCCCUGUAUUUUGCGGAGGAAGGAAUGAGAGGCGGUGGCUGGCCUAAAUCCAUCUAGUGGUUUUCUGCCGGGACAAGGUAUGGUUCAGUUUCAGCCCCCCGUGCUGCACCUGGCCUUCUGGCUUUUGGCCUCUUAAGUUUUAUCGAGAGAUUUCCUAUCGGAGGAAGUUAGGUAAGGUUGAGGGAAGGUGGAGUCAUUUAAAAGAUGACUGAGCUAAGUGUUCUUAUGAGCUGUGAAGGCCAGCAUUCUCAUCCCUCCAUAGGUUUCUCUUCCUUUAUGCUUAGCGUGGAGGUGAAAUUCCAAAAGGCUGAAGCCACAUGCAGCUUGUGCAGUCCCCAGUUGCCCGGGAGGGGAGGUGCCCUAGGUAAUUUCCGUUUUGCAUAGCAUUUUUAGGAGAUUGUGAGAGCCUCACCCAUUCCAAGAGGCAAAGUCCAGAACAUGCUCUGUCACAAUGCAUGCUUGUCCAAGCCAGUCCACGAUCAGUUGGGUCUUACGCAAAACUUUUCAAGAAUGAACCGACAGAAUACGUAGCUCUGAGCAGCAAAGACGACGCCGCUACGUUUCCUCAAGGGUCCAGAUGCAUUGCCAAAAAGACGGGGUGGAAAUACGGCACCCCUCCUUAUCUUUAAAUACCCAACUAGUAUCUGUUUGACAAGGGUAGGGGAUGGAACUGGUAAUAAAAAACCCCUGUGUACUA